CGAGUAUAGAAUUGGUGAAAAGUAAUUCAAUUAUUUUUUAUUUAAACCGGAACAAAAUUUUUAUUGAAAAUGCCACCAAAAACGGCUAAUCAGAAUAAAAGAUCCGGACGAAUGGCUAAAAAAGGUGGGCAAGCAGUGCUUCAAGAAGAAAUAAACAAUGAUGAUGAUUGGAUAAAAAUUAUAGAAAAACCAGGAAUGUACGUCGUUGACGUUUAUACAGAAUGGUGUGGACCUUGCAUACCGAUGACGGCAUACUUGAAAAAAAUUAAGUUGGAAUUAGGCAGUGAAAAUCUACAUUAUGCUAUAGCAAAAUCGGACAACAUAACUGUGUUAAAAAGGUUUCGACAAAAAAGUGAGUCCUAUUGGAUGUUUUUUUAUGAUGGGAAGUUAGUUAAUAUCAUUAUUGGUACCAAUGCUCCUAGGUUAAUGCAAUUAAUAGUGGAGGAGCUGGAACAGUAUGUUAAAUUUAAGAAUGGUGAAGUCCAAAGAGAAUUUAUACCAUUGACUACAGUAACCAAUGAGGAACAAAAAAAAUUAAUCGACAGCGAAAACUAUCAAAAACAGAAAACAAGGAAAGAAAAAAAAAUUAGAGAUUUUAGAAUGGUGAAAGUGAGAGAACAUUCUCUGAAACAAUUUUCGGUUAACAUACAAAUGCAAUCAUGUGUUGUGUUUUUCCCUCACACGGUCAAGUAUAUUAUGGUGGAAGCACCAGUUGAAGAAGAUGUCAAAGAACUUGACAAACCUCCCGAACCUGCGAUGGUAGAAAAAACGGUAUGUGAAGUGGCCAACUUAUGUGCUAGUAAGUACGAGGAACUUAUUAUUAUCGAAGCUAAUGAAGUGGAGUUGACGGAAGAUAAUUUGAACGAGAUGUUUUUCAUGGAAAAAGAAUUACUGGAAAGUUUUCCUCAAGAAUUGGUCGAACAACUGUUGAGUAAAAAAGUGUAUUCAGUAAUGUUGUCAAUGCCUAUUAUCAAACAUGAAAUUGAUGCCCAAGAAGUCGGCACAGAAGAUGAAAAUACAUCUGAGCCUAUCGACUUAAUGGGAGUUAUAGAGCAGAAGUUAAGCACAAUCAUUUAUGGCAAUGGAACCCCAUUAAACCCUAGUCCGAGUUCGAUUGCAGAUGUACAUAUGAUAGUAAAUGAAUCUGGACAAAAAAUACCAUCAUUAUACACCCCCAUAAAUCCGUUGAGUAAAGCUUCGGCGCUCACAAUUUUGUUCAACAAAUUCUGCAAAAACAAUGGAUACAUUGCACCUCAGCCACCUUUACCACAGUACCUUGUUAUUUUUGAUAUCAACAAAUCCAACAUCGUGUUACCAAUCAUCGAAGAUCUCGAAGAAAAAGUCGUCCACUAUGGAUUUUUCCGUUGCGCUGAUCCCGAAAAACCCAAGCUAUUGUGCAAAGAUUCCGAAUUGUUAGCUACAUAUGGUACAGACAAAGUCGGUAAAGACGCCAAAUUAGUGUUGUCUGUACUCAUGGAUGACAAGGAUAAGAGUUUGCUGCGAUUCGUUGACGUUGGGCCAAAUUACGUGAGUCCAGAUCACGAGUCGGGCAUUGAUGAUGCUAUUAUUUUUCCAUACGACUUCGACGAGAUGGACGGUGAAGUAAAGUUGUGGCUCGCCCAACAGGAGGUUCGAGAUGAGGAGGAUACAGGAGUUGAUCACGGAUUGGGCGAAAGUGAAGAAGGAGUAAUGGAAGAAGAGAACUCUUCACAGGAUCAGCAACAGGAACCAGCGCAGUCAACCGUCGUGGGUUAAUAUUGUGUUCACCAACAAGUGCCGAUCGAAAGUUUGACUAUUUUCAAUUAAAUACUUUUUGAAAAAAAUAUUUGAAUGUGUAUUAUGAACAAUUUUAUUAAUACCCAACAAAUUGUUAUAACAUAACACAUUUUUCAAAUUAAUUAACU